GGUGCUCACGGUGGUGAUGGUGUAUGAAGCUCCGGCGACGGUGGGAAACAAAGUUUAGCUUCCUAAGGCCGAACGAAGAGGAGUUUUUAGUUCUCGAGAUAAUUGAGAAGGGCCCAAUGGGCCUCGUAAAUAAAAGCCCAAUCAAUGUCUUUGUUUGUAGUGUUCAAAUUCUGAACUCCCUUUGCAACACACCGAAAACGAAAACAAUGGCUUCCAAAGGUCAAUCUACGAAUUUUCUGAAGCAUUACGGUUACGAUUUGCUAUUAGGAUCAAUCGCUGCUUUCUACACACUCAUGGUGCCUUACACUAAGGUUAAAGUUCCCAAGGUGUAUGUCCAUGGAAACUUAGAAAACAAGGCAGUUAGUUGUCAACAGAAUUUGGCCUGGCUGUCCAUAAAACCUGUCUGGCUUGAUAAUCUAUUUGAAAUUUGUUAAGUUUGAAGGUGUUAGUUUCCUUUGUCACCCUUCUUUUCAUAGUAAGCUGUUGGUAGUGAGAGAGCAAGUUUGUGUGAAGUUGACAUCCACACAUCUAUUGACAGUUGCCUGUAUUCAAUAGUUGAUGAUGACUUGGUAUAUAUGUAAUGUUAAUCUUGUAGCAUUUCAAAUCUUUUUGGGAUAUAAUUGUCAAUGAUGUUUGAAGUUAUUAUUUUUUACAUCUGAAUGACAUAUAGCAGAUUCAUAAGUGCUGGUUAAACAAUUUGUCGUGGGACAA